AUGAACGAAAAGACAACGGAGCAAGGGGCGUCCCGCCCUGAGCUCAGCGACAGCACGGAGAGCCACAUCGGCGACACGACGCACGAAGUCGUCCUCAGCAAAGAUGGCUUCAAGCUCUUCCCGCAACCCGUCCCGAGCGACCCCCUCGACCCCCUCAACUGGUCCUGGGUGCAGAAACACUCCAUCCUAGGCAUCAUCAUGGCUCUGUACUUCAUGUUCACAUACAUCACCACAACCACCGUCCCCUCCUUCCCCCUGCUGCAGGACAAAUACGCCGCCUCCCUCGCGCAAGUCAACUGGACCGUCGCCAUCCCCGCGCUCGGCCUAUCCCUCGGGCCCCUGCUCUGCGCCUCCCCCGCCGACAUCAUCGGGCGGCGGCCCAUCUUCGUGCUCGGCACCGUCAUGGCCCUCGCCGCGACCGUCGGCGCCGCCCUCGCGCCCGACUACCCGUCGUACAUGGCCGCGCGCUUCUUCCAGGGCCUCGGCGUCAGCCCGGCCUCCAACGUCGGGCUCGCCAUCAUCAACGACGUCUUCUUCGAGCACGAGCGCGGCCAAAAGGUCGGCCUGUGGGUGCUCGCCAUCGACCUGGGCCUGCUCUUUGGGCCGCUCGUGGGCGGGUUCGUGAGCUUGGCGGGUGAUGCGUGGAUACAGUGGCUUUCGGCUAUAUUGUUUGGCGUGAUAUUGCUUGCGGAGGUGGCGUUUCUGCCGGAGACGCUGUACCCGCGCGACUUGAUGCUGUCGCAGACGAGGGCGGUGCGUCAUGUGCCGUCCGUCGAGGGUGAUGGAGGGGAGAAGACGCCGUCUGUCCAAGCGGGGAGCAGGCAAGUCGGCGUCGCCCGUACCAAGGGCCUUUCGUUUGCAAACGUCAAGCCCUUGCCGGGCAUCAUGCACCCGAAGCCGUACGACACCAUCAUCCGCUUCGUCAAGACGUUCAAGUACGCCGUCGUGCCCAUCUCGGUCAUGACAUACUGCUUCGGGUGGUACUGGUGGGUGCUGUCGGUGGUCACCGUCCUGCCCAUAGCCUACGCGACAUUCUCGCCUCAGAGCCAAGGGCUGCUUUACAUCGGGCUCAUCGUCGGCACGCUCGUCUCAGAGGUCCUCUGCUCGGGCACCCUGAGCGACUGGCUCAUCGUCAAGCUCGCCAAGCGCGGCAACCACGCAAAGACGCCAGAGAUGCGCCUCUGGUUCGCCUACCCGGCUGCGGUCCUGACGGCCGUGGGCAUGAUUGUCUGGGGCGUGAGCGUCGACCAAGGCUAUCACUGGAUGGUCGGUCAAGUAGCCCUCGCGCUGUUCGGGGCCGGGAUCCAGAUGGGCAACACGGCAGUCUGCUCAUACAUCUUCGACGCGUACCCGAUGCAGAGCAUGUCGACCAUGACGUUUUACGCGGUGAUGCUCAAUCUCUCGGCUUUCAUCGACCCCUUCUUCAUUGUCCCUUGGGUGGAGAAUGUCGGGUUUACCUGGACGUUCGCGGGCCAUGCCAUCAUCACUGUCUUCUUUUGCAUUCCGAUUAUGGCGGCGGUGCAUCGAUUCGGCCCUUGGCUGAGAGAAAAGUCGGGCACGCCUACAUGGGUGAAUCCCGAGUUCAGCAGCGACGCUUCCAUGUUGGAAAGCUGA